AGUCUACGCCCAUCUCUCCGCCAUGGCACCCAAAACAACCCCGUCGUCGGCGAGCACUAGCUCUGUCCAGUCCUUACUAAAGUCCUACAAAGAAAACACGUCGUCGCGGCUGAAACUCAUCGACACGUUCCUGCUCUUUCUCAUGCUCUCCGGGAUCAUACAGUUCGUCUACUGUGUCCUGGUGACGAACUUCCCGUUCAACGCGUUUCUUUCCGGGUCCGUGCCAUUUCUCUCCAGCACUCCAGUGUAGGUAACUGAGAACCGCCUUAGCUUCGGCAGUUGUGUAGGCCAGUUCGUGUUGACUGCGUCGCUGCGGUCACAGGUCAACCCGGCGAACCGGGCAGAGUUCAAGGAAGUUUCACCAGAACGUGCCUUCGCAGACUUCGCAAUGGGCUCCAUCGUCCUCCACUUCUUCGUGUACAACUUCCUGGGCUGAGUCUUCUGCCAUUGCAUUGCGCUGGCACACUCCGAGCACAUGGAGACGGACAACGACUGAACGGGAUGUAUUGUUACAAGGCGCCGUCUAUACAUAUGAGAUAG